AUGCCCAACUUCGCCGGCACCUGGAAGAUGAAGAGCAGUGAGAAUUUCGACGAGCUUUUGAAAGUCCUGGGUGUCAACGCCAUGCUCCGGAAAGUGGCUGUGGCUGCCGCCUCCAAGCCCCACGUGGAGAUCCGCCAAGACGGGGACCAGUUCUACAUCAAAACCUCCACCACCGUCCGUACCACUGAGAUCAACUUCAAAGUAGGGGAGAGCUUCGAGGAAGAGACGGUGGACGGCCGGAAAUGCCGGAGUUUAGCUACUUGGGAGAACGAAAACAAGAUCUAUUGCAAGCAAACGCUCCUGGAGGGAGAAGGGCCCAAAACGUAUUGGAUGAGGGAGUUGGCUGGCGACGAACUGAUUCUGACGUUCGGCGCCAACGACGUCGUAUGCACAAGGAUUUACAUACGAGAGUGA